UGACGUGACCUUGGUACACAUGUCCGAUGCUGACAUGGCAUUGACGUGGCAUUGACGUGGCCUUGGUACACAUGUCCAAUGCUGACGCGGCAUUGACGUGGCAUUGUAACGCUGAUGUGGCCGGUGGACCGCUACCUGGCUUACGUGGCACGUUGGAACUUGCGGGGCUGAGUGUGGCAUGUGCGAUUACUGAGGUUUACGCUGUUGCCAAGCAUCAAAGAGUCCUUGUAAUCUGUGGUCCAGGAAACAACGGUGGUGAUGGGCUUGUUGCAGCUCGGCAUCUACGGCAUUUUGGGUACUCACCUGUUAUUUGCUAUCCAAAGCGCACAGACAAACCAUUGUACAAAGGCCUUGUCACACAGCUGGAGAGUCUGCAUAUUCCCUUUGUAACCGUGGGUGAACUGACCGCGCCACUCUCAAGUGACUAUGAUAUCAUCUUGGAUGCAAUUUUUGGGUUCUCCUUCAAAGGAACACCCAGGCCACCCUUCGACAGUGUGCUGAAGAUGCUGGCAGUGCCAGAGGACAAGACGGCUGCAGAUUUGGGAGUUCCCCCCAUUGUGUCAGUGGAUAUCCCGUCUGGAUGGGAUGUGGAGGGGGGUGAUGUGAACUCAAUAGGCCUCAGACCUGAUAUGCUGGUAUGUAGUAAGUAGUAAACCAAUAAAAUUGAAUAAAUAUC